GCCGGCUUCCUCGCCGUGCCCCCCCCGCCCCUCUUUGCCUCGUGGCUCGGCUUGCCCGGGCCGCCGCCUGGGUGCGCUCGCGCUCUCCCUCUGUCUCUCCUCCCAGCGCUCCUGCCCAUCCGCCUGGAUACUCCCACCCACUCACUGUCCUCCCAGGCGAGACACACAGCAGGCGAUGCAGGCCUCUGGCCCCUUCCUCGAGCCCCUUUCUUCCCUGCCCUUUUAACUGCUCCUUCACUUGUGUGUUUCUCAGGCCUCGUGUCUUCCCUGCCUCCCUUCUUCAAGCACUUUGCCUCUGGAAGUCCUGCCCUUUAGCUUCCUCCCUUCCUGUGAGCGCUUUCCAAUUCUUCGGCUUCUGACAUAGUCCCACAACUCCUAUCCCUCGGGCUUGUGUGACAUUUCCCAGGAGACCUUUUGUAUACAUCACAUUCAUUCCCCCCCCCCCCCAAUAUCUCAUACGUAAAUGUAGGAAACUGUAGCAUUUGCUUGUUUACUUGAUUUGUACCUUGCCUUUCUGCCCAAUGGGGACCCAAAGUGAUUUACAUCAUUUUUCUCAUCUCCAUUUUAUCUUCACAAACAACCCCAUGAAGCAGGUUUAGCUUUAGAGUAUAUGAUGAAUGGUCCAAGGUCAGCCCAAAAGUUUCCAUGGCAGUUUGAAUUUGCACUCAGGUCUCACAGAUCCUAAUUUGGCACACGAACCAAGACAUCAUACUGGCACUCACAAAAAAAGUCUGCUUAGUUAUUUUUCUGCCCUGAGCGCAUCAGCUGGACCUGGUUUCCAGAGCUCCUGGUGAUUUCUUCUUCACGGUCGCAAGGUGUGGUGGGACUGUUGUGCUGCAGCCUCAGCAUGAGAGUGGUUAGAUUUGAGCCUUAGAGACCAACUGGAUUUUCAGGCAUCAUAAAGCAAGCAAACAAUGGAUGCACCCCAGCAAGAGGAGCAGAAGCGCACAGCAGAAGGAUCAAAGGCACCUGGCAUUUUCCAGCUGGCUAAUCAAGAAUUUGAAGACAAUGAGUGGGAAAGCGAGAGCGCCAGCCCUUCAGGGGACAUGCUCCCAAAACACCCUGAACCCCGAACGUCGGAAGCAGCAUCAGUAAGUCCCAAAGUCCGGGUGCGAGAGCAGCUGCCCAGUCAAGAUUCUGAUAUCCCUCAGAGCCCGUUUCUGGGGGGAGACCAGCCUUCCGGGCCCUCCUCUGAGCAGGUGGCAGCGGCAGUUGAGGACAUGAGACGUUUCGCGGAAGAGUUCGGAGUGGACCUGGCAACCGUGACUCAAGCUUUUCUGAAAACCAGCGGGGAUGUCACAGCUGUGGCCCGCUGUCUGCAGACUGGCCCGCACUCAGAGGGCUGCCCGCCUCUUUGGACCAGGCAGGAUGACUCAGACUUGCUGACAGGUGAUGAUUACCUCAGAAGCAAGCUCAUCGCCAAAUAUGGAGAAGAGAGCGUGAACAGACGAGUGGCGUUCAGGAAGAGCUAGCUUGUAGGAAGUGUGUUUUGUGGGAUAUGAAACUCUCCUUUCUGGGAGGCAGUGGGCAAUUUUGGGUAAUGGCGGUUUGCCACGCCAGGUGCCAAGGCCAAGAACUUGCAUCUUAAUCUCUGUCUUGACUGAAAUGACGGUUGGGGCAAGUGAGGCUGCCGUUAUGCUGACUGCAUGGAACGCUACCCCUCUGCCCCCUUCAGGUUACUUCUUCUUCUAAUCAUGAUGGCAGCUGCUUACUUGUCUUUGAGCAGCCAAUAAAACUGUCGGAAUCUGUCCUCUUUUCACAACAUGGAAGCGCAGCUGUGUUUCAGUCUCUGCUGGCAACUGCAUCUUGUGCCUUUCUUCGCAGUGUGAGCAGGGCCUUUACCGGCUACCUGCCAAAGAACUUGGAAUCCGCCGUUUCUCAUCCAGUCAACUCAGCGGUCAGCAGAUUGUGGCUGGCUGAAUUCCUGAUGAGCACAGAGUUUAAA